AUGGAAGGUGAUACCGACCAUUCUAGGAACAAAACCGGAAUCACUCAAGGGCUUCUCAUGUAUUCUUUUGUUCAUGUUGGAGAGAGAUGUAUUCUUGACAUUGAUGUUCAAGGAGCAAGGUCCGUGAGGGCGAGUUCACUCGAAGCUAUUUUGGUUUUUGUCUGCUCGCUGUCAUUUGAGGACCUUGAAAAAUGCCUUCGUGCAAGAGGGACGGAAACCGAAGAAUUGAUCUUGAAAAGACUUAGAAACGCAAAGGCUGAACUUGAACAAGGACAAUCUUUGGGGCUUUUUGAUCAUAUUAUAGUGAACGAUGAUAUUAAAGCGUGUUACGAGCAAUUUUAG